UCACAAGCAUACACGUUUUUCAUCCUUUCAUUUCCACAAAAUAUUCUUAAUCGUGGAUUGUGUUGUUUGUGAACAUCAGUGAAGCUCGACUUCAGUUCAGAAUGAAGAUCCUCCUCAUCAUCACCUUCUACCUGAUGUCAGGUCCAGUGCACUGUGAUGAUGUGAUCGGUUACCCUGGAGGUCGUGUCAUGAUUAACUUCAAAAAGCCAGUCAAUUCCAGUUCGACUGUGUAUUUUUGCAAAAUGAAAACAGUGUGUAAAGAUUUAAUAACAGCUCGGGCCUCAGUCAGCACGGUUCAUAAGGACAGAUUUACUCUGUUUAACACUGAUGGAUUAAUUUCACUGAUCUUCAGAAGUCUGAGUUUACAGGAUACAGGACUGUAUCAGUAUGGAGAGAUUGGAGUGUGGAGUGAAAACAUUGACCUGAAAGUGAAAAGUGAUCCAUGCUGUAGUGAGACAAAAUCAGUAACCGGAUAUCUGGGAGAGAGUGUGAUGAUCAGCUGCUCCUAUCCAACAGAGUUUGAAACAAAUGUCAAGUCCUUUUACAAAUUGGAUGAUUACGCUGGAACUGAAGUGAUCUUCAUCAGGGCAAAAGAAGCGUAUCAGAACGGCAGAUUCUCCAUUUCUGAUGACGGGAGGAGUAGCGUUUUCAGUGUGAUCAUCAGUGAUGUGAGAGAAGAUGAUGGAGGAGUUUAUUCCUGUGCAGUUCGUAUCAAAGGGACUGCAGUCAGUUAUGACUCACUCUUCACAGAAAUUCAGCUCCAAGUUACUGGUUUAGCACAAGCUCCCGUACUCAUCAUCAUCAUCAGUGUGUGUGUGACUGUGCUACUGAUGGGAGGAUUUUUACUCGUCUGCCAGUUGAGAAGCAACAAGACACAAGAUUCUACAUUUGUAAGUAAGCAGACAGAAACAAAUACCAUGACUGCUGAUUAUGAAAAUGAUCCACCUCAGAGUCAGAACAGCAUAAUGCAUCUGGACUACCAAAACCUAAAUCCCAACACCAACCAAUCAGAUUCAGUCUAUCAGACCCUCGACCCCAACACCAACCAAUCAGAUUCAGUAUAUCAGACCCUAAACCCCAACACCAACCAAUCAGAUUCAGUCUACCAGACCCUAGACCCUAACACCAAGCAAUCAAAUUCAGUCUACCAGACCCUAAAUCCCACCAUCAGUCAGAUUCAAUCUACCAGAGUAUAGGCCCCAACACCAACUCAGCAUAUUCAAUCUACCAGUGCCUAACUUCCAAAACCAACAAAUAUGAUCAAGUUUAGUAGAGCCCAGACAACUGGACUCAGUUUAUUGCAACUGAAACUGAUUUCCAGUUCAUUAGAUUCAGUCCACUCUAAGUGUAGCCCUCUUUCUGCAAAGCUUCAUAUGCUGAUAAUCUGAAUGAGAACUCAGUAAAAAUAAUUCACAUUCACAAAAACUUUUAGCAAUUAAGACAGAAAAUGACAGCUACGUAAACCUUGGUAUCCUGUUACAAUCAAAAUCUGUGCACAUGUUCAGCACAGGUCCAGGGACGUGAAUUCAACUCGGUUGGCUCUGAAUUUUGUAUUCACCAGCCAUUCAUCCCAGAUACUAGCUGUCCAAAGAUAACUCAUUUUUAAAGCAUAUUUCUUGUGUAUUAAUUCACAUUUUUUUUUUUGAAACUGGGUAGUGAGUACACAGUCUGUAUAAUAUACUGUACUAAGACAUGAGAAGACAGGAAAUGAGUCAAGGCAAUAUAUCUGCUUUACUAAUGCAGUUUAUGGGAAAAUCUUGAAGUGGAUUUUUAUAUUUGACUCAUCGUUUCCUUAACCAAGAAUAGAUCAGUGGUAUGGUUUUCAGGCCCAUCACUGACGCACUUUCAUAGAACACGAAACCAAUUACAUAUUUUAUUGUAGAUUUCCUCCCACUGGUCAUUUACCAACUCCCCCACUAGCUAGCUCUUCCCCAUCACACAACAGCGACCAACUCUGAAUGGUGAAGGUGACCUUGUGCUUCCUCCAGGACAUGUGAAGCCACUGCACCUUUUCCAGCCCCUGCUCAUGCUCCAUCACAGAGCAGCUGAACAGCUCAUAUAUCCCUGAACACAAAGAUACACACAACUGGUCAGAGUCAACCUGUCAGAGAAGGGAGUAACACCAUCCCUCCCACUCACACAGCACAGCCAGUUCUGUUCUCCUGAAAGUCUGGCCACCGAUGGCUGUGGCAGCAACAUGAAUUAGAUAGGAGAUCGCUUGAUAACACAUUUUGUAACAAGUUUCCUGCUGAGCGAUAUUGUGCAUUUUAAUUGUGAAAUGUGUUUGGAUAUAAAGCCGACUAUUCAUGUGUAGCAUCUGUAUGAACUUUUUUUGCUUUUUUAA